GCCUGCGCCUCCCCGCGGCCCGGGACGCACGUGCCUGGGCCAGGGCCAAGGCCAGUGGCCACUCCGUAGUAGCCGGGGCGGGUGGGGAGCGACUGGCUCGCGGCCGCGGCCGUCGCCCGCCCGCCGGCUCCGGUGGUUGGGUGGAGGAAGCGCGGGACUCCUCCUCCCCGCCGUAUUAACAUGCACCCAGGGGCGGGUGACCAGCCCAGCCUCGCCGCCCCUGCCCGCCGCUGCGUCCCGGCGCUCAGUCUCCGCGCCAGAGGCGAGCCUUGCGCUCUGGGCGCCGCAAUCGAGAGGACACGGCCUCGCAGACACCUUCCUCCGGCGGGGAGCGGCAGGAGCGGCAGCGCCUGGCUGGGCGCCUUCCCAUCACCUCGCUGAGGGGCGUCCCCGGCCGCGGGACCACCGUUCUGGCCCGAGCUCCGAGGUUCGUAGGACGGACGGACAGACGGACAGACGCCACCAGCGAGUUCCGGACUGGAACUGAGGGCAGCGGCAAGAAACAGUGGGUGGUACUGCUGGACCACUUCUAGUGACAACAGUUCGUACCUUUUCCUGGGACACUUUCUUCAGAAGACCAGCACACAUCCAGUUUGCUCGGCUAUCCUCCCAAAUUAACAGGGUUCUUCUAGAGUGGACAUCUUUAGUCUCACCAAGACUGAGCAGUUGAGCAUCACAUACCAGGAGUGACAUCCGCAUACCAAUAUCAGCAACGGCGGCAACUUGAAGCUUGUAUCUCCUUCUGGAUUGGAAGCAAUAGAAAUGAAAGGGUGAUCGUCAAAGGUUACAUCUGCUCUGGGACGUGCUGAAUGUCACUCGAAGGUCCCUGUGUCUGCUUCAGAGAACUCCUGUUGAAUGACAAGGACCCUGAGCACAGUUUUUUCCCAAGACGGGUCUGGAACUUAACGGGGUUCCCAUGACCCCUGCGAUUGCUUCCAGUCAGCAAUGAAAGGGUUAUCGGGUAGCCGCAGCCACCACCACGGGAUCACCUGCGAGUCGGCCUGUGACUCACUGUCACACCACUCAGACCACAAGCCCUACUUGCUGAGCCCCGUGGACCACCACCCCGCGGACCAUCCUUACUACACCCAGCGGAAUUCCUUCCAGGCCGAGUGUGUGGGGCCCUUCAGCGACCCGCUGGCCAGCAGCACGUUCCCACGCAGGCACUACACCUCACAACAGGAGCUGAAGGACGAGAGUGCCCUGGUGCCACGCACACUGGCCACCAAGGCCAAUCGCAUCCCAGCCAACCUGUUAGAUCAGUUUGAAAGGCAGCUGCCCCUCAGCCGAGAUGGCUACCACACGCUCCAGUACAAGCGCACCGCUGUGGAGCAUCGCAGCGAUAGCCCAGGCCGCAUCCGCCACCUGGUCCACUCGGUCCAGAAGCUCUUCACCAAGUCGCAUUCCCUGGAGGGGCCGUCCAAAGGGAGUGUCAAUGGGGGCAAAGCCAGCCCCGACGAGUCGCAAACUGUGAGAUAUGGCAAGCGCAGCAAGAGCAAGGAGAGGCGGUCAGAGUCCAAGGCCAGAUCCAAUGCCUCCAAUGCUUCCCCAACCUCUCCCAGCUGGUGGAGCUCAGAUGACAACCUAGAUGGGGACAUGUGCCUCUACCACACGCCCUCGGGUGUGAUGACCAUGGGCAGGUGCCCCGACCGCUCCGCUUCACAGUACUUCAUGGAAGCCUACAACACCAUCAGCGAGCAGGCGGUGAAGGCCUCCCGGAGUAACAAUGAUGUCAAGUGCUCCUGUGCUAACCUGCCGGUAGUCAGUCUGGAUGCCCCGCUUCUGAAGAAGAGUGCCUGGUCCUCCACUCUCACCGUGAGCAGAGCCCGAGAGGUUUACCAGAAAGCCUCGGUGAAUAUGGACCAGGCCAUGGUGAAGUCUGAAGCUUGUCAACAGGAACGGUCCUGCCAGUACCUACAGAGCAAGCUAAAAAGGCUGCAGGGACACUUAAGCCAAGUCGUAUUUGUCAAGGUGAAAGCUGUGUGGAGCAGAAAAGCAGUUCUCCCAGCCACAAAGAAGAUGCGAAGGAGCAGAGUUCCCCAAGAUGAAUGGACAGGGUACACACCUCGUGGGAAAGAUGAUGAGAUUCCAUGCCGAAGGAUGCGAAGUGGCAGCUACAUCAAAGCCAUGGGGGAUGAGGACAGCGGAGACUCAGACACGAGCCCCAAGCCUUCUCCCAAAGUGGCUGCGCGGAGAGAAAGCUAUCUCAAGGCUACACAGCCCUCCCUCACAGAGCUCACCACACUCAAGAUCUCCAAUGAACACUCACCCAAACUCCAGAUCCGGAGUCACAGUUACCUGAGGGCCGUGAGUGAAGUCUCCAUCAACAGAAGCCUGGACAGCCUGGACCCUGCAGGCUUGCUCACAUCGCCAAAGUUCCGCUCCAGAAAUGAGAGCUACAUGCGCGCCAUGAGCACCAUCAGCCAGGUGAGCGAGAUGGAGGUGAACGGACAGUUCGAGUCCGUGUGUGAGUCUGUGUUCAGCGAGCUGGAGUCGCAGGCUGUGGAAGCUCUCGACCUGCCUAUGCCUGGCUGCUUCCGCAUGCGGAGCCACAGCUAUGUGCGGGCCAUCGAGAAGGGCUGCUCCCAGGAUGACGAGUGCGUCUCACUGAGGUCGUCCUCCCCUCCCCGCACAACCACCACGGUGAGGACCAUCCAAAGCAGCACCGGUGUCAUAAAACUGAGUUCUGCCGUUGAAGUGUCAUCUUGCAUUACAACAUAUAAGAAGACACCACCUCCAGUCCCACCCAGAACUACCACGAAACCUUUCAUUUCUAUCACAGCCCAGAGUAGUACAGAGUCUGCCCAGGAUGCCUACAUGGACGGACAGGGCCAGCGCGGAGACAUGAUCAGCCAGUCUGGCCUCAGCAACUCCACCGAAAGCCUGGACAGUAUGAAGGCUCUGACGGCCGCCAUCGAGGCCGCAAAUGCCCAGAUCCACGGCCCAGCGAGUCAGCACAUGGGCAAUAAUGCCGCUGCUGCCACCACUGCCACCACCAUAGCCACUGUCGCCACCGAGGACAGGAAGAAAGACUUCAAGAAAAACCGAUGCCUCUCUAUUGGGAUACAGGUGGAUGAUGCUGACGAGCCUGAGAAGCCAGGGGAGAAUAAGGCGCCCAGUAAGUUCCAGUCCGUGGGAGUGCAAGUCGAAGAGGAGAAGUGCUUCCGCAGGUUCACUCGGUCCAACAGUGUGACCACCGCAGUGCAGGCUGACCUGGACUUCCAUGACAAUCUGGAAAAUUCUCUGGAAUCUAUAGAGGACAAUUCGUGUCCCGGCCCGAUGGCCAGGCAGUUCUCCCGGGACGCCAGCACAUCCACUGUCAGCAUCCAGGGUUCAGGAAACCAUUACCACGCCUGCGCGGCCGAUGAUGACUUUGACACGGAUUUUGACCCCUCCAUCCUUCCUCCUCCGGACCCCUGGAUUGACUCUAUCACAGAAGACCCUCUGGAGGCCGUUCAAAGGUCCGUGUGCCACCGGGAUGGCCACUGGUUCCUGAAGCUUCUCCAGGCAGAGCGGGACCGCAUGGAAGGCUGGUGCCAGCAGAUGGAGAGGGAAGAGCGGGAAAACAACCUCCCGGAGGACAUUCUAGGGAAAAUCCGAACCGCUGUGGGCAGCGCCCAACUUCUCAUGGCGCAGAAAUUCUACCAGUUCAGAGAGCUGUGUGAAGAGAACCUGAAUCCCAAUGCGCAUCCAAGACCCACUUCCCAGGAUUUGGCGGGGUUUUGGGACAUGCUGCAGUUGUCCAUAGAAAAUAUUAGUAUGAAAUUUGACGAACUUCAUCAGUUAAAGGCCAAUAAUUGGAAACAGAUGGAUCCUCUUGACAAGAAGGAGCGAAGGGCCCCUCCUCCAGUGCCAAAGAAGCCGGCGGCGAAGGGCCCCGCGCCGCUGAUCCGGGAGCGCUCGCUGGAGAGCUCGCAGCGCCAGGAGGCCCGCAAGCGCCUGAUGGCUGCCAAGCGUGCCGCAUCGGUCCGCCAGAACUCGGCCACCGAGAGCGCAGAGAGCAUCGAGAUCUACAUCCCCGAGGCGCAGACCCGGCUCUGAGCGCCGCAGAGGACCGUCCCGCCGCCCUGCCCUCGGCCGCCUCCCCGUUCCCCUCCGUCUCUGAGCUCAGUGACCGCCACCUUCCUGGCGUAGCUGUCCACCUCGCAGGAGCCGCCCCCUUCCUGGACCGCUUGGCCCAUCUUCUCCACCGAGCUUUGCUCCCCUGUCCUGAAGCCUCAUGCAGACAUCCAAACCCUUUCUUUUCUGGAACAAGCAAACCCACCUGUGUAGAAAAGACACCUUGUAGGUCACUCACCUUCCUCAGUUCUUUCAAGCUAGUGUGUCCCUAGAACUCAGCAAUAUAAAUCCAUAGGGUAUUUCAGAAACCCGGUAUCCUCUGAGACUUAACCGUCUUCCACGUGAAAGAAACGAGGGCUCGCGUCCCUUUAUUUGCCCCCAAACAGUUAUUUUUACAAGCAGGCAGAUCGCUUUAUUUCUUAUAUCAGAAAUCACACCGUCUUGUCGGAAUCCAUGGUGACCAAGAGAGAGGGACCAAAGCUGACCUGGGGUUGGGGGCCUGGGUGUUGGAGAAGGGCAAAGUGUGUACCUUCGCAGCUGUACAAACUGCCUCUCUGGUACUUCAUUCAAACCGCUUCAGAUGUUUCAAUCAGCAGAAGAUUGUAAAUUCGAUCUUUCAGGGAAAUUCAUCUAUUCUGAAAGGCAAUAAAAUGAAGAAAGUUAAGGCAAAGGAAGGUUUAAGAUCCUAUAUAAGGAAUCUGUUUAUUUCUCUUAUUAUUAAGAAAAUUUAGACCUGAAAUGUUUUGUUAACUUUUCUUGUACUCUGUGUAUUAUAAUGUCAUGGCCGUUGUUUUUAAAUGGGGGGGCG